CAAAGAGCCGUGAGGAGGGCGUGACUUCGGGGGGAUAUUAGGGGUGAGGGGGAGAAUACUACAGAGAAGGGGAGAGAGAGAAACCCAGGUGUGGAGAUCCCCAAAUAUCCCCCCUUUCAACCCCAUCGAUCGCUACCAACAACCUCUCUCUCUCUCUCUAAACCAAUAGUGCUAACCAACCUUGGCCGCGAGGGACGUGGUGCGUCUCUCUUCUCUUUUAUUUUCUCUGCUGGGCUUCUGCUGCCGUGGCUGCUGUACCUCAUCCGUCUGUACCUGGUUCGAAGUUUUUUCUUUGAAUUCGUCUUUUCCUGGUCUUGGGUAGAGGAUGAUCUUGUAGGUGGUUUGGUAAGGGUGGGGGAGUUGAGAUUCGAUGGAGAGUUCGGGUGGGAACGAUGUGGAGCUUUUGUCAAAGACGCUGCAGGUGGAGCACAAGCUUUUCUACUUCGAUCUCAAGGAGAACCCUCGCGGUCGUUACCUUAAAAUCUCGGAGAAGACUUCCGCUACCAGGUCCACCAUCAUCGUCCCCGUCAACGGCAUUGUCUACUUCCUAGAUCUCUUCAAUUACUACGUCAAUUCCGACGAGCAGGAGGUCUUUAGCAAGGAGUUGCACCUGGACACCAAAGUUUUCUACUUUGACAUCGGAGAGAACAAAAGAGGUCGAUUUUUGAAGGUUUCAGAGGCGUCUGUAAGCAGAAAUCGCAGCACAAUAAUAAUUCCUGCUGGAAGUGCUAGGGAUGAAGGAUGGGCAGCAUUCAGGAACAUAUUGGCAGAAAUAUAUGAUGCUUCUAGAUUGUUUAUUCUACCAAAUCAGCAAACCUCUGAAUCAUCAGAACGACUCACUGGGCUUUCAGAUGAUGUGGGAGCCGGGUUCAUUUCAGGCCACAGUACUCAGGCAACACCAGCAGCUGAACUGAAUGUUGAGAGGUCAGUUGAGCUGCCACCAUCAGACGAAAUGGGCAGUAUGGGUCUAUCCAAGGUGAUCAGAGCUGACCAGAAACGCUUCUUCUUUGAUCUUGGUAGCAACAACCGUGGUCAUUUCCUGAGGAUAUCUGAGGUGGCGGGAGCUGAUCGAUCUUCAAUCAUUCUGCCCAUAUCAGGGCUGAAACAGUUCCAUGACAUGAUUGGUCAUUUUGUUGAGAUUACCAAGGAUCGAAUUGAGUCGAUGACCGGACCUAACAUUAGGACAGUGGAACCUGCCCAGAGAUGAAUCCAGCGUCUUGGAGGUAAAGAGGUCACCUUUUUUCUCCCAGUUUGAAUAUUUAUGUGUGAGGAGGUGGGGGAUGGGGUUGGGGGAGGUCUUCGUGCUAUUGUGUAGGUAUGCUGUCCCUUUUUUCUUUUUCUUGAUAUCAUUGGGUAGGAAAUAAUGUGUUUCUCUGUUGAGGUCCGGAGAGAGUUUGUUUGCCAGGUGCAGCUACUGCUUUUCAGACGAAUAAAUGGGACGGGGACUUACAAAUGUCUUUGUAAUGUGUGUCUUUUGAUUGUGGAGAUAUUGUUUCCUUCAUGUUGUUUCAUGGUGGUCUUGAAAAGUUUGAUUUUUGUUUUUGGCUCA